AUGUACGGCUCGGCUGCUUGUCACUCGCUCGACCCCGUGGCGGCAGCGCCACCGUCGAAGCCGCUGCACCACCAAAUAGUUCACGAAACUGCCGGUCCGUUUGAACCACAGCGGCCGCUACCAACCUCCUACCACACGCCGUUGGAUACAGCGGACUAUCGCGUACAGUCAACCAUGUGCCCCUCGGUACAGCCUCCCCAUCCGAUAGUUAGCUCCUCUCCGCUUCCCCCGCUUCCGCCGUUCUCCCCGCAGCCGCACAUCACGCCCCCCACUCCGCCGCAACCCCCGCGCCCAUACUGCUUCGCGCAGACGCCGUCCCCCGCCCCGCGCCUUGGCUCGCCCGCGCACCCGUUCCUCCCCCAGAGCGCCCUCCAUUUCCAAAGCGCGUUGCUCCCACAGAACGCGCUACUCUCGCGCUUCUCCCCCGCACCCCCGCCGCCCGCCAGCCCGCAGCCGUUCCACACGCAGCUAGGCUCGACUCAGCGGUCGCCGCAGCUAUCCCACUCCGCGCUCGGCUCGGCGCAAGAAUCGCCGCAGCUGUUCUGCGCGGCUUCCGAAUCGGCCCCGCAGUCGCCGCAGCCAUUUCUCGUGGCGGGGCGGGUCCAGCAGGCCCUUCAGCAGAUGAUUGGCGGCGACAGCCCAGCCGUCACUCCCCAACUUGCGCCGCAGGGUGCGCCGACCGCAGGCCUCGCGGGGGCCAUGACUCCAGUGCUGCUGCCGGCUUCUGCCAUCGGCGGAAACACAGGCGCAGCUGCUGGCGCAACUGUUGGCGGGCGGUUCGGCGGAAGGAGGAGCCCGAAGAAGGCGCGGAGGGAGGAGCAGGCGGAGGCGCAAGGGCAGCGAAAGCGCAAGGCGAAGGCGCCGGGAAGCCAACCGCCACCUCCCCCGACAGCGGCGGAUGGUUCCCCAGUGCCCGCGUACCGCGGGGUGCGCUACCGCCCAUGGGGGAGAUGGGCGGCGGAAAUCCGGGAUGCGGGGGGAAAGGGGCGCGUGUGGCUGGGGACGUUCGACUCCCCGGAAGCGGCGGCGCGCGCGUACGACGCGGCUGCGCGGGAGAUACGAGGCGCCAAAGCGCUGCUGAACUUCCCUGAUGACGUGGACGAACCGAAAGCGGACACGUGUCAGGGUCCGGCGGAGGCUGGGGAAGCGGAGGAGGGAGCGGAGGCGGAAGGGGAGGCGGAGGAUGAGUCGAUGGCGGAGAGGGAGGAGGAGAAGGCUGGGAGCGGCGGAGAGGAGGGUGACAGCGAGGGGGAGGCGGAAGGAGCGAGGGCGCUGAAGCGACUGAAGAGGAGCCAGGAAGCAGCGGAGCAGGAGACAGCUCAGCACGCAGCGCAGAACACAGCGCAACCCACAGCACAGCCCAAAGCUCAAGACGGACCGCACGAGCUCAAUGGCGGGCGAGCCGCUGUCGACUUGCUGUGCUGCGAGCCGCCGCUUGUGCCCACGGAACCACGCGCUGCGACGUCAGCACUGCCGGCUCCGCCAGCUGAUUCAGCUGUAGCGGUCGGAACCGACGGUGCAGAUGCCGCUACAGCUGCUACAUCAACGGCCAUGAUUGGAAAUUAUACGGUAACAGCUAUACGCGCGGAGGAGCAGGUCCCAGGGAUCGCAGCUCUGCCCACCACCCCUGCUGCUGCUACAGCUGCUACAGCUGGCGCUACAGCCGCAGGGGUUGUGGCCAGAGGUGCACCUUUGCAUGGGGCCGCAUCCGUACCCGCUACAAACACAUGCGUUGGAGUCACACAGGACGGUAAAACGCACUUUGCAGUCAAAACACCUGCUUCGUUCUACUCGUCGGCACCAGGGUCUACACCCGAGGCUCUUGUUGCGUCCAACAUCGGCGCUGGUGUUGCGUUUGGGGUAGCAAGUGUUGGAAGGACACCAGCGCAUUUUCAGCCAAGUUCCCAAGGUGCUUCUGAUGCUGCUGGCGCUCCUGGUGCUGGUGCUGGUGAUGGUGGUGCUCCAGACAUGGGCUGCGGCGGCUGCCCGAGCAGUGCUGCUUGCGCCAUUCUCGGCAGUGAGCCGGUCGUUGCUGCCAGGCAGAUGAACGCUUCGCAGCAGAUGAGGCAGGUGCAACAGAUGCAACAGAUGGAACAGAUGGAACAAACGCCACGGAUGCAGCUCCAGGAGACAGUAGCACAGCAGCAGCAGCCUUUGCUGCUGCCACCGAUGCUGCUGCAGGUGCCACCAAAGCAGCAGCAGCCACAUGUGCUUGAGCAGCAGUCCCCCCUUUACCAGCAGCAGCAGCAGCAGCAGCAGCAGCAGCAACCAAACCUGCUACAGCAGGCUCAGUGUUACCAGCAACAGCCAUCACAUGGGGUGCAAGGGUGGCGAGCUGGGGAGCACACCUUUGAUGCUCCGGGUGACACCUACGGUAACACGGACGGCAGAGGCAGCACAAGCUGCCUUGCCCCACCUGUCAUCGCUGUCAAUACGUUCGAAUCACAUGUCAGCUACACAGCGGCGAGUGGCGAUAUACCAGCUCAUCAAGACGUUGUGCCAGGUCAGCAGGGGGGCUUUUCAGAUCGGCAGGGUGAUAUUUCAAAAGAGCAGGGAGUGUUUCCAGCAGCAGGGAGCGGAGGGCGCGCUGUGGAGCUACCAGACAUGUUCUGCGACCUCGUGCAAGGAGUGAACAUGCAGCAGCGAUUCAACAUGCAAGCUGCUGCCCCUCUGCCUGCCAAUUCCCCUACCCCACUGGCUGUAUUUCCAGCUGCACCGGCAUGCAUGGAUGCGUACACAGCACUCCCAGUCGCUGAUGAUGACGCGUUUGAUGCCGUCGCUGCCUUUUUCGGUCCCGAUGUCUCCCCUCCUCCUCCUGUCGCCUUUUCGGCCUUUCAGCACGACAACCUUGCAGCUGCUGCUUCGGCUGCCGGCCGCAUGGGUGCUGCCCGGUUAGGUGCUGCCUUCAGUGGUGCUGGCAGCCGGAGCAUCACUGCCAGCCGCAGCAGGAGUAUGAGCAUGAGCAGUGCAGUGAGCUGGAUUGCUGCUGAGCUGGAGAGUGCUUUGGAUAUGCAGGAGACGGUGGGGGAUCUGUGGGGGGAGGAGGGGGUGGAUGACAGCACAGGCAUCUGGAGCAGCAGCGUGGGAGGGGUGGCAGGCGAGGGAGGGGAGGGAGGAGGGGAAGGGAGCUUGGGUAUGGGGGGAAUGGAUAUGGGAAUGGGUGGAGUAGGGUAUGGAGGGGUUGGGAGGAGGGAGAGUGACAUGGGGUCGACGUUCCAAGUGGUGCGGAGGGAGAGUGACGUUGCGGCAUCAUUCCUUGUCAGUGCCAGGGGGGAGGUGAGGCAACAGGGGAUUCAGGAGGAGAUUCAGGGUGAUGCUGCUACUGAUGGGGGUGAUGCAGCACUGGAGGUAAUCGCCAGAGUGGAGAUCCCCGUGGAGGGGCAUAUUUGA